AUGGACAGACUUGAAGGCUAUUACUUUUCUGCUCUGUUCAGUGGCUGUUUUCUUCUAUCCAGCAUACUGUUCUCAAAAAUCACACGAGAACAGAGGGACCCAUACAUGGAUGAAGUCUUCCACAUCCCCCAAGCUCAGCAGUACUGCCAGGGACACUUCAAUCAGUGGGAUCCCAUGAUCACAACCUUGCCUGGCCUGUACCUGACUUCUGUGGGUAUUGUGAAACCUGCUGCCUGGCUGUUUGGCUGGAGCAAGAAUGUUGUCUGCUCCUCUGGAAUGCUGCGGUUUAUUAACCUUCUGUUCAGUCUGGGCAACUUGUAUAUGUUCUAUUUAAUUCUUAACAAGUUACACACAAGGGUUUCUGUUAUGAAGAGAAUAUUAUUCACCUUUACGCUUUAUGUAUUUCCCACAUUAUAUUUUUUCACAUUCCUCUACUACACGGAUGCAGGAUCUACAUUUUUUGUCCUUUUCACUUAUUUAAUGUGCCUCUAUGGUAAUCAUAAAAGUGCAGCUCUUCUUGGGCUUUGUGCGUUUUGUUUUCGGCAGACAAACAUCAUCUGGAUCAUUUUCUGUGCAGGACACCUUAUUGCUGAAAAGGUGACAGAAGCUUGGAGGACACACCUGAAGAAGAAUGAUGAAAAAAACCUCCUCCAAAGGUGUUUUUUCAGACGUGGCAGCAGCUGUAAAAUUUCUUAUCCAAUACUCUCUGUAUCCUAAGAACAUGUUGACACUCUUGAGGUUAACCUGGCCCUAUAUCACUUUAGUUCUAGGUUUCCUGGUUUUUAUUGUAAUCAAUGGUGGCAUAGUAAUAGGUGACAGAAGCAAUCACGAGGCCUGUUUGAAUUUCCCCCAGCUCUUUUACUUUUUUGCAUUUACAUUGGUCUUUUCCUUUCCAGUUCUAAUUUCAGCUCAGAAAAUUGCAGACUUUCUCAAGUCUGUUUGGAAACAUCCUUUUCUAUACACAUUAGUAGCUUGCCUGUCCCUGUUUUUAAUAUGGAAGUUCACUUAUGUUCACAAAUACUUGAUUGCUGA